AUGGCAGAACUUGUUGAAGUAUCGCUGCCUACACUGCAGACACUGACAAUAUUCAAACAGAUUAGAACUUUAAUCAUGAUUGGUAUCGGUGGAGCCUCUAGUCGCUUCAUUAGGUCUUUCAAUAACCCGUUUUUUACAUCCAAUUAUGCUCGACUACGUUCUACUAUACAGAAACCAUUAAUGGCAUCACUGAUCCAACCUAAAAGCAUAUUGAACUUUUCACGUCCAAUUCGAAACGUUGUUGGUGGCAAGAGGUUUUUUACUCAAACAAGUUUAUUGAAAUCUUUCACUGGCGAGUCUGGAGAUAGAUACGUGCGUUUAAAUCGCUUCCAACAGUUUCAACCAGGUGGUGGACAGGGAUCCAAUUCGUUGACGGGAUUAACAUUGUUUGCAUUGGCACUUAUGACAGGUAUUUAUUUUGUGAGUCCCUAUCUGUUUACAUAUGUACCGCCAUUCACAUAUUUUAGACGAAAUCCUAGUCAUAUGGUAUAUGGUAUAUUGGGGUUAAAUUUAGCGGUAUUUGGAUUAUGGCAAUUCCCACGUUAUUGGAGAUUCCUACAGAGGUAUAUGUUAUUGGAAAAGAACUACGUCUACAGUAAGUGGUCACUCAUUGGAAGUGCAUUUUCACAUCAAGAAUUUUGGCAUUUAGGUAUGAAUAUGUUAGCGCUAUGGUCAUUUGGUACAUCCUUAUCCUAUAUGAUUGGUGCGUCGAACUUUUUUUCACUUUAUAUGAAUUGUGCCAUUUCUGGUUCGUUAUUUUCACUUUGGUAUCCCCGUAUUGCAAAAAUAAUGUUAAUGGGACCUAGUUUGGGUGCAAGUGGAGCCCUGUUUGGUGUUAUGGGGUGCUUCUCAUUUUUGAUACCCAAUGCCCAAAUUUUACUGUUCGUUUUCCCUAUACCUGGUGGUGCAUGGAUUGCGUUUUUAGGUAGUACAGUUUGGAAUGCCGCCGGUUGUUUCCUUAGAUGGGGUUCAUUCGAUUACGCUGCACAUUUAGGUGGAUCGGUCAUCGGUGUACUCUAUGGAUGGUACAUCGCUCAACAGUCAAAGAAAAGAAGAGAACGCCAAUUGCAAGGAUCUCAUAGAUGGUUUUAA